AUGGACUUCACGACCAUCCUGAACCGAAAGAACUCUGCCGCCGCCGCAGCCGCCGCCGCAGAAGCACAACUACACCAGCAGUACCUGCAAAACGCACAGAUGAAUCAACCAACCAUGAAGGCGGAACCAGGAGCUUCGGAUAACCCUGUUAACGCAUACCCGCCUCAUCCUCCCCCCGGUGUCCCUAUGGAUCAAGGACUCGCCGAGUCCUUUUACUACGGGCAACCCCCGGGGCGACUCCUCGGAACAUGGGCUAUGUCCCUGGUGGAUAUGCCGGUGAACCGCAGAUGCAGCAACCACCGAUGCCUUCUGGAAGGACCGGUGGUGACGCGCCCCCGAAGACUUUCCACUGCGGGACCUGUAACAAGGGAUUUGCUCGGCGCAGUGAUCUCGCUCGACAUGCGAAUCCAUACCGGAAUUAGACCACAUGCCUGCGACUGGCCUGGCUGUGGGAAGCAAUUCAUCCAACGCUCGGCUUUGACGGUACACUCGCGAGUACACACCGGCGAGAAGCCUCACAUGUGUGAGCGAUGCGGCAAGCCCUUCAGCGAUUCCUCAUCACUCGCCCGCCACCGUCGUAUCCAUUCUGGCAAGCGACCCUACAAGUGCCCAUACGCCAACUGCCAAAAGACGUUCACGCGCCGUACAACUCUCACCCGUCAUCAAAAUCAUCAUACUGGAACUAUUGAGGAGGCAGCUGCCGAGACGGAGGCCAAUCUGCGCCAAAACAAGGAUCGCGGUCGUGGGCCCGAGGGAAUGUUCCCAGAUCAUACUUCGAUCCACUCUACUCCAUCACCUGCUCAGCACGCGUCCAUGUCGCCUGGUGGAGAUCUGCCACCGCUGACGAUGCAUCGAUCGGCCGGUGAUUAUUACAUGGGCAGCGGGCCAAUCCCUCCCCAUGUUCGAGGCGACUUCUCUCAAGGCAGUCCCCGUGCUUCUCCCACAGCCACCUCUCCAUCACUUUCGAGCUUUGGUAGUGCGCCCCAUGCUCGGCCGUCAAUGACCUCGAACCCGUACGGUCCUCCGCAACCACUCGAGCCCCCGGCGAACAGCGACCACCGACCCAACAGCGUCACCGGCAGCCCACACAUGACUAGCCUGGGUUGGGCUUCUCCCUCUCACGGCAGUAUGCCUUCGCCGGGAUCGGCCAAUGACUUUGCCUAUCCUGAACCUACUGGCCCUGCGUACCCGAGCUCGAUGCCUCCUCACAUGUACUUCCCCAACUCCACUAUCCGUCGACCCACUAGCACCGAGCCAGACAACUAUGAGACCAAGUCCCGAAUGGGCGAUCAUACUUGGUCGACCCCCGUAUGA